AAUAAAAGAAGCCCCAAGUUGCAGACAUAAAAAGAUCACAAAAUCAAAAGGCAUUGAAAUAGAAACUGAAACUGAGAGAGAGAGAAAGAGAAAGAGAAAGAAGAGAGAAGGUGUCCGCGUGGGUUAGACUCGUCUUAGAUAGAGAUUUAGAGAGAGAAAAUCCAACCUCAUUUUCUCUUUCUCUCUCUACAACCAACGCCCAUUUGAUCGGAACCUCUCAUUCUAGAUUAUUACUGUACAAUGGACCACUAUCCCCGGUCCACUGAACCUUCCCGGUCUGAUCCCUCGCCGGAAUGGACCGGACCCGACCCUCAAACCGGUCUAGAAGAGCCUAUGUGGCAAUUGGGGUUGAAUGGUGCUGCAGAGGAUUCCUACCCUCAACGACCUGAUGAGGUUGAUUGCACUUACUAUUUGAGAACCGGUUUCUGUGGUUUUGGUUCAAGGUGUCGGUUCAACCACCCUCGUGACCGUGGCACGGUUAUUGGAGCUGCUUCUAGGACUGUAGGGGACUAUCCAGAACGUGCAGGACAGCCUGUGUGCCAGUAUUAUAUGAGGACAAGAUCUUGCAAAUUUGGUGCGUCUUGCAAGUACCACCAUCCUAGACAGACAGGAGGCACUGCUAGCCCUGUGUCACUAAAUUAUUAUGGAUAUCCGUUACGCCCAGGUGAAAAGGAAUGUUCCUAUUUUGCGAAAACGGGACAAUGCAAGUUUGGUGCAACUUGUAAAUUUGAUCAUCCAGUUUCUGCUGGUGUUCAGAUUCCAGCUCCAUCACCAGGUCCCCCAGUUUCACCUUUACAUGUACCAGUACCUUCUCCAUUAUAUCCAACAGUACAGACUCCAUCUGGUCCUUCAUCACAACAAAUUGGUGUACUGGUCGCAAGGCCAUCUCUACUACAGGGUUCGUUUGUCCAGAGCCCCUAUGGACCUGUGGUAUUGUCCCCGACCAUGGUCCCCUUUUCUGGCUGGGGUCCUUAUCAGGCCACUGCGACAAGCCCUGUACUUCCUUCUAGUGCUCCAGCUAAUGUUGGUUCACCACAGCUUUAUGGGAUAACCCAACUACCAUCAACAGCUAAUGCCUAUACUGGACCUUAUCAACCUUCUGGUUCCUCAGUUGGUCCUUCAAGCAGAAGUCAGAAGGAACAUUCAUUUGCAGCAAGGCCUAAUCAACCAGAGUAUCAUUAUUACUCUAGAACAGAUGAGCUUCCAUUUAGUCCAUCGUAUAGGUAUCACCAACCACCAGACAUGAGUGCACCAAAAGUGAAUGUUGCCCUAAGUCCUGCAGGUCUUCCUUUACGCCCGGGGGCAGCACCUUGCACUCAUUACACACAGCGCGGCGUAUGCAAGUUCGGUCCUACAUGCAAAUUUGAUCAUCCUAUUGUAUCACUGAGUUACAGUCCAUCUGCUUCUUCCCUGACUGAUGUGCCAGUUGCACCUUACUUUGUGGGUUCGUCUGUUGGUACUCUUGCUCCUCCAUCUUCUUCAUCAGAGUUGCAGCCCGAACUCACCACAGGAUCCAGCAAGGAGUCUGUUCCAUCCAGAAUAUCUUCAUCAGCAAGCACAACGACUGGAUCAGUUGGUUUGACUUUGUCAACUGGUGGUCCGGUUUCUCAAUCAAGCACUCGGAGUCGGAGUUCCAGUCCUUUAGCAGCUGUCAAUACCACAACAAGUAGCAAUGUCUCUCACACCUCGAGCUCAGAAAUGUGAAUGAAUACAUCAUCAUUACUCCUUUUUUAUCUCAAUUCUUCAAGGAGGUCCUCAAAUAGGUUUUUGAUUUUUUUGGUUCUCUCUCCCAGUUAUCCCCAGUUCCACCUUCAGAUCUAGCACACUUCACACUGAUUAUCUUUAUGUUCAUAAAAUCUUUUUGUGGCCAUCACUUUGAUCUUGAAUAAACCAUGGCCAACCCAUACAACCCACCUUGCUUUAGAAUAACUCCUAAAGAAUCUGCAAUUCCAUUGUGCACAUGUCCAUCCACAUCUCCAAUUUUUGGAGUCUGUUGUGCUUAUUUAUGCUUCAAUCUUCUUUGAUAUGAGAACAUUAUGUCCAGACUUUCAUUGACCAUGUUGUUUACGACUCUUCAACUGAAACCCUUUUUGAAUUAGGUAACCAUUUUCCACUUCUGUUUUGGAAGUCCUAUUCAAUACUUCCUCAACUUGUAUUUAUAGGGUUUUAUUGUGAAGAAAAAUAAUCAGGAGACUGCAAUGAGGCUUCACAUUGUUAUCUUAUAGUAUAUGGUUUGGAAUUUGGGUACACAGUGAUGUUGUGACAAUCAAAAGCUUGACUUGGUAUUUGAAUUUAUUACGAAAUACGUAUAUGAAGAAACACAUUUAAGUUAUCACAUUUAAAUAUGUAAUAACAUUUUUUCCAUUGGGUUUUUUUACCUGAUCAAGAUUUGAUUUUAGAUCAGGUAAGUUUUUUGGAGGGGAUUUUAAAUUUUUA